AUGCAGGUUAAGAUUGUGGUGCGUGUGUCGGUGAGCGACGAGAAAUCCCGCUCCAAAGCCCUAAAAAUCUACGUGGGGAUAUGGGGAGUGGAAUCGGCGGCGUUGUCGGGGGCGGAGAAGGAUCAGGUGGUGGUGGUGGGAGAGAGCAUCGACGCGGUUGAGCUCACGCGGCAGCUGAGGAAGGGCGUGGCCCACACGGAGCUCGUGAACGUCGGUGAGGAUAAGAAAGAAGAUACUAAUAAGCCCGCCGCCGCGGUGGUGACGCCUCAUUCUGCAGAGGAUCAUCAAAUCCCCGCCUCUUUCAUCAGAUUAAUCUAUUAUCUAUUACUCCGUUAG